UGGUGCAAGGACGACAUGAGUGCGCGGUCAGCAUGUUCGCUAAAGAGGUACUUUUGCUGUGCUGUUUGCUGGUUCUGCCGGCGGUGGUGUUUGGUGUAGAUUGUAGAACACGGCCCUGUCUUCGGACCUUGUUCAAUUCCAGAGUGACCAGAGCCGAUUACUACUCUAGACAACUGCUUGGCUCUUUUGGCUCUUCUGGGAAAAGGAAGCGUUCCCUCAGCCGUUUGCAUCAUGGCAUUGUCGUGACUUUGGCAAAUAGCGUCCUGGGCCAAGACCGAUGGUUGAUCCACAGGGGCUCCUGGAGCACUGGAACAAAUCCAGACACCGUAAUCACAGAUGCGGACUACAUGUCUUCAGAGUGGGUAAGGGAUCGACGCCCAAAAUACCUGAGCUGUUUCAAGACUGUCAAUGGUUUCCUCAGAGCCGGUGGCAUUGCUGAUAAUUACAACCUUUUUACUCACAAUUGCAUACACGCGGCUAGGGCGAUGUGGAACUUUGCCAGCUGUUAAAUGUAACAGUAUCGGAUCCCUUCAGGUUUCGGGAGGUGGCUCUAAUUCCGGUUUUGAAUGAAGAUUAAGCAGCCUAAUACUUCGUGUGCUUCAUAAAUAUGUAUACUCGUUUAAUAUUUUCUCAUAUAACCAUUUCAGUCUGUGUUCUACAAACAAUUGAAGAUUUAUACCUAACUUAUACCCUCCUUAACAACAUCACAUUUGAGAAUAAGGAUACUACCAUACCAUGUAUCAAACUGGGGUAAUUUCUAAAAAGACUUAUUUCGUUUUAUUUUACACUAAAAGAAUUACAUUGAAAACAGGCUUAAGACUUUAUUUUCCAUUGAUUUACGUCAAUAUCACAAAGGGUUUAUACUUCCUAUAUGAAAUUAAAUUUGCAAAGUUUUCAAUAUAUUUGACUUACAUUAAAUACAAAACAAAUAUCCAUAUUUUAUGUUUUAAGGAGAACACCUUCUCAUGAAACAUGUAAUGUAUUCUUAAUAUGAUAAUAGAAUUAUUAGUUAUUCCUUCCUAAAUUUUUCCAUGUUUACUAAAGAAUGCUUGAAAUAAACACAUGUUCAAAUUAAUUCAAGUCAACUUCAAUGAUCGCUUUUAACCUUUUGAAGAAAGUGAGUCGAUUCUAACACAGCAAGCUUUCGGUACACCAUUAUGCUUCCUUUGUGUCAUUUUGAGCUUGUUCUUUUAAUAAAAACUGAAUAUAAACUGU